AUGGCUGCUGCUGACGCCGCUGACAUCACCCUAGAUGGUUUGAAAGGUGCAGUGCUUCCAUUGGUAUGCCGGUCUUUGUCACAGCCUGUGAGCUUGAACUUGCCCAUUGGCAUCUAUUCUCCGGCAACUCUUCCGCUACAGGACGUGAGUAGUACAGACAAUCCGACAGUGAAUCUUUUCGACAUCAUUCCCGAGUACACGAGUGAAAUCGAUUUUGGUGCUUUGGAACGUGGUUUCCUUGAAGCGAAUCGAUCAUGCAACAUGGCUUUGCUUCCCCCACCCUUUGGCUUCAAAGGGGAUCUCCCGCGGGACACCAAAAUCCAGAUUUUCCUUUAUCCUGCUCGUCCUGGCGUGUACUACAUCGUCAAGCACUUCGUGUGCAGUAGCAAGUGCAAACCUAUUCUCUUCAAGCAGGGCGUCUACGGACAGGCGCAGUCGUAUCGAUGGCGUUCCAGUGACGCGAAGAUCGGCAAAAAGAUCAUUCAGUAUGUGCUGGAAAACCUAGGGGGUCGGCAACUCAAGAUGUUUGACUUGGUCUCGCACACAACACCCAGGAACUCAAGCGGCAAAUUUGAGGACAAGGAUGAUGACGAGAUUGACAGAGGUUUCGAUUUCAUUCAGAAUGAGGGCCCGAGAUCCUGCACGGAGAUGGCGCAACUCAGGUGGAUGACGAAGAACCUGAAAGCGCCGACAUCACCAAUCUAUCAAUGGCCUCAUUCCCUUGUCGAAAAGGCUCUCAGGAACAUAGCUACUGACGGAGCACUGGCCAAGAAGGAGUUUGCUUGGCCAAUCCCCUUGACGGAGAAGUACUAUCACAAAUGGCUUCUGGAUAUCCUAGAGAAAAUCUGGAACUUUGACCAAAGUGCUUUUCUGAUGCUUGGGGAAGCCGAAGCAGGCAAAUCGCCGCUUGGUCGCAGUGUGCUUAUGGCUCAGGUGCGUCACAACCAGCAUCGUUUCAAGGCACGAGGCACUCCGUGUAUCCGCUGCACCGCUGAAAUUGAUUUCCUACGCGGAGAGCCUGGGUCCGUCAUUAUGGGUGACUUUCUGGACGACACUACCCUCAGCAACCUAAGUGUCAAGACCCUGAAGUACUUCCUCGACGUAGGCUUGUACGAAAGCAUGGUCUGGGCUAGGUGGGGAGCGACGAAGUGGGUUCAGAACGAACCCAGGGCAGCAGCAGACAACAUCUAUGACGAGGACAAGCUCCCCAAGGACCUUGAUUUCGUUCCGUCUGUUCCCUUUGCCGCAUUCUGGGAUUCAAUCAAGUCUGCAUUUACAUCGGAAGCAUCACGUGCACAUGCAGAUGCCAUCCUCAAGCGGACAGCCAUACUACUCAAUUCCAAGACCCACGUCUACUACCGUCCCGCUGGUAUCAAUCAAGAUCCCGUGCAAAGGUUCGCCAUCAAUCGUGCCGAGUACUUGACGGAUGCUGGGAAGGAGCUUUUCGGAAAGUAUUUGGAUGGAGAGAGAGAGUUCGCCGCGGACUUCGAGGACGAGGUUCGUCGGGAACAAACCUGGGUGGAUCGCAUUAUGACACGACGCAAGGAGGAGCGGAAGCCGGACUUCAAGAAACGCAAGGAAGUUCGUGAAGCACUCUUUGGUCGUGAAAAUGAUGUCCCCAGGGAAGUGCACGUCAAGCGGGAAUUCCCAGCGGAAGAGGCAGCAUUCUUCAAGAAGGCUAAGACCUGGUCACACGAACUUCGAAACACCGCCACAGGUACCAUCGAUCUGGAUUCCCCUGAACGCUCCACAACAGCUUUCUCGCGUAUUUCCGUGAAUGUCUCUCGCGUUCCCAUUGUGCCAUCCACAGAAAGCGUCGGAAUACCAUCCGCAUCCUCAUCGGCGAUUCCCAAUGCGGUCAUGCCGGAGCUCGAAGAGUUUAUCGACACAGAGCUCGCAGAGGAAGCCGACUUCAUCGAGGAAAUGGGUGAUCAGAUGGACAUUGCAGGGGAGAAAGAGUACAUGAAGAUCGACGUGCACUCGUCUCGCUAUGGGAAAGAGCAUGAAGAAAGUGCGCUCCUCAUCUUCCUCUACAUGGCCAGCUCCGAAGCGUGGCAAAACCCGCAUGGGAAGACCACCCAAAAGAGCAGAAAAGAAAAAGAAAAGUGGGGACGCUCCGUGCAAAUGUUCCUCAACAAGGGCCCGCUUGCACUCAUCAAGUUGCUCACGAAGGACGGCAUCCUCCAGAAGCCUACCAAAUGCCCUCAUUGCGCUUCCGCAAGUGUUGGCCCCUUGAAGUAUUGCAAGCAGUGGAAUGGAUAUGUCUACAGGUGCUCGAAGCGUGCUUGCCACUGCCGCAUCUGGCCCCACAGUUUCCACCCAAUCUUCUAUCACUCGAAGGGCAAAGGAUCGGACUUGAACAUGCAGGCCUCCGUUCUCUUCUGCGCCACCAUCGGCAUCCCUCAGGUGAGCACCCAUCUACUCUUCGACGUGGAUGCUAAGGCCGUCGCCCGCAUCUACAACAACCUCGAGAUCGCCCGAGCAAAAUUCGUCCGCCGCCAAGAGAAGGCCAUCGUAUAUGGAGGUUGGUGUGAUGUGGAGGCGGACGAAGUUGACUUAGGCAAAGGCUUUCUGGAUGACACCGCUGGGCAGAAGAAGGGAGUCACCACCGCCUGGGAACAAUGGGGCGGUUUGGUGGAAAGAGGCCGACCAGAGUCUCUGCGGUUAUUCCGCCUUAAUCCAGCCGCCACCAAGGCUCGGGCACCAGGCCCAGGUCCCAUCCGCAAGCGGGACUGGAAGCCUAUCGCUCACAAGCACCUUUUGGGCAGAAGGGUCAUCUUGCACACCGAUGGGGCACGUGCUUACAAGAUGAAGUUGGAUAAGGUCAUCCACUGUAACGUGGUGCAUAAACAAAAGAAGAAGAUCGUGCGUGGCAAGGUCACGUGGGAGAAGCCCCACUACACGAAGGUGUAUGACCUCAAGCUUCCGGACGGCCAGAAGCUCACGGUGAAAAGCGGUACCCAGAUUAUCGACAGGUGUUGGAGACACCUAAGAGAUCAUCUGCGGUACACUCCUCGUAAGCCCGGGAACCCCAUCUUGGAGCGAAAGAUCAGAUCGGCACAGUGGCUCUAUUGGAAUCGCAACAAGAACCUCUGGGCCAAGACAGGUGAGAUGCUGAGGACGCUCAU